GUGCAGGGCUGUCCAAGAAACCCCAUCGACGAGACAAAACUCGAGGCGUGAACGUGGCAGCCAUUUUACAUCAUCAAGAGUGAAUGAGUGAGGCCGGAUCAGUGCCGGGAGUUUUACACUUUUUCUGUCCUUUAAAUAUCACAUUUAUCUUCCUAAGUAAACAACUUCAUACACGUUGGUGAGCCAGCGACAGAUUUCUGGAGACAUGGCCACAGAACAUAUUAAUGGAAAUGGUCCAGAAGAACCAAUGGACACCUCUGCUGCAAUUACCCAUUCUGAGCACUUCCAGACUUUAUUAGAAGCUGGUUUACCACAGAAAGUUGCUGAAAAACUAGAUGAAAUUUACAUAGCAGGUUUGGUGUCACACAGUGACUUAGAUGAUCGAGCGAUUGAGGCUCUGAAAGAAUUCAACGAGGAAGGUGCUCUGCAAGUCCUUUUGCAGUUCAAGGACAGCGACCUCUCACAUGUUCAGAACAAAAGUGCCUUUCUUUGUGGCGUGAUGAAGACAUACAGACAAAGAGGGAAACAAGGGACCAAAGUUUCAGACACCAAUAAAGGACCAGAUGAAACUAAAAUCAAAGCUUUGCUGGACAGGACUGGCUACACACUUGAUGUGACAACAGGCCAGAGGAAGUAUGGCGGCCCCCCACCGGAGUCAGCCCACUCAGGGGCACAGCCCACCAUUGGUACAGAGAUAUUUGUAGGAAAAAUCCCCAGAGACCUUUUUGAGGAUGAACUGGUUCCACUGUUUGAGAAAGCUGGCCCCAUCUGGGACUUGCGCUUGAUGAUGGAUCCUCUCAGUGGCCUGAACAGAGGCUAUGCGUUUGUCACCUUCUGUACUAAAGAAGCUGCACAGCAGGCUGUCAAAUUGUGCAACAACAAUGAAAUUCGACCGGGUAAGCACAUUGGCGUGUGCAUCUCUGUGGCCAAUAAUAGACUGUUUGUUGGCUCCAUCCCCAAGAGUAAAACAAAAGAGCAGAUUGUUGAAGAGUUUGCAAAAGUCACAGAGGGUCUAAAUGAUGUCAUCUUGUACCACCAGCCAGAUGACAAGAAGAAGAAUCGAGGGUUUUGCUUCCUGGAGUAUGAAGACCACAAGACAGCAGCUCAGGCCCGCCGUCGCCUCAUGAGUGGCAAGGUGAAGGUGUGGGGAAACGUUGUCACCGUGGAGUGGGCUGAUCCCAUAGAAGACCCAGACCCAGAGGUCAUGGCUAAGGUCAAGGUGCUGUUUGUGAGGAACUUGGCAAGCACUGUCACAGAGGAGAUGCUUGAAAAGACCUUUAGUCAGUUUGGGAAGUUGGAGCGGGUGAAAAAAUUGAAAGACUAUGCGUUCAUCCACUUUGAGGAAAGAGAUGGUGCUGUGAAGGCUUUGGCUGAUCUCAAUGGCAAAGACCUUGAAGGAGAGCACAUUGAAAUAGUCUUUGCCAAACCUCCUGACCAGAAGAGGAAGGAGCGCAAAGCUCAGAGACAAGCAGCUAAAACACAAAUGUAUGAUGAGUACUAUUACUAUGGGCCUCCCCACAUGCCGCCACCUACAAGAGGCAGAGGACGAGGUGGGCGGGGAGGUUAUUCUUACACUCCUGAUUAUUAUGGCUAUGAAGACUAUUAUGAUUACUAUGGAUAUGAUUACCACAACUACCGGGGUGGAUACGAUGACCCGUACUACGGCUACGAGGACUUCCAGGGGUCUGGGAGAGGACGAGGGGUGAGGGGAGUGGUCCGCGGCGGUGCCAGUCAGACCAGGGGCCGUGGUGCUGUCACACCGAGGGGCCGGCUGGGCUUCUCCCAGCGAGGAGUCCCUGGAACAAGCAGAGCAGGGAAACGGGGCCGAGGGCGGUCCUGACCUGUCACAGUGGAUACUGACUUGUGUUGGGUUACACCAUAAGCUGCAAUGAAAUGAAAAGCAUGACAAAUGGUCCAGUGAUAUUCCAGCCUUACAGAAGAAGCAUCUCUCCAUCUCCCAUUUUCCCCCUUUUAAUUCUUAAU